ACACUCCUGGUGAAAGUGAACUACAGCUACACCUGCCAGGAGUUCUAAUGACACAUAAUGAAUGAGAAGGCCCUACUCUAAGCUGCCAGAUCAGACAAAAAAUAUAAAUUCAAGAUGCACUGAAUCCGUGUGCAGCCUCACAUCUCUCUACAGGAUGUCCUGCAUAAAGCCUCAAACGAUUGCUGCUGCUAAGAAAACAUACUUCACAAAAGUACAUGGGCUGCCAAACAUCUCCCCCUUGGUAAGUUCGGUAGAGGAGACACCUGAGCCCAUCCCCACCACGGUCAAAGGCACCAUCCCAACCUGGAUCCAUGGGAGUCUGCUGCGGAAUGGUCCAGGAAAGUUUGAGUUUGGGAAUCAGCACUAUAACCACUGGUUUGAUGGCAUGGCUUUGAUGCAUCGCUUUCAGAUUGAGGAUGGUCAGGUGACGUACAGAAGCCGUUUUCUGCGCAGCGAUUCGUAUAAGCAGAACAGCGAGAGGAACCGUAUCAUGGUGUCAGAGUUCGGCACUCUGGCUUUACCUGAUCCCUGCAAGAACUUCUUUCAGCGCUUCCUGUCCAGAUUUGAGAUGAUGAAGCCAACAGAUAAUGCCAGUGUCAACUUUGUUAAAUACAAGGGUGACUAUUACGUCAGUACAGAGACAAACUACAUGCACAGAGUGGAUCCAGAUACUCUGGAGUCUAAACAGAAGGUGGACUGGAGCAAGUUCAUCGCUGUGAAUGGUGCUACUGCUCAUCCACACUUUGAUCCAGACGGCACAGCUUACAACAUGGGCAACUCAUACAGAAACAAAGGGGCUUUCUAUAACAUCAUCAGGGUGCCACCAGAAAGAGACGGCCGAGAAGAUACACUAGAGGGAGCCAAGAUAUUAUGCUCUAUCACCCCUCGUGACAAAUCCAAACCCUCCUAUUACCACAGCUUUGGCAUGUCAGAGAACUAUGUAGUGUUCAUCGAGCAGCCCAUUAAAAUGGAUCUGUUUAAGAUAGUGACUGGUAAACUAAGGGGGAAAUCGCUAAAUGAGGGUGUUUUCUGGGACCCCAACCAGGAAACCACAUUCCACCUUAUUGACAAACAAACUGGAAAGGAGAUGCCAGUGAAGUACCAUGCCAAGGCCUUGUCCACCUUCCAUCAGAUCAAUGCUUUUGAGCAGGAUGGAUUCCUCAUGCUAGACAUGUGCUGCUCUGACGACGGCCAGGCCAUAAACAACUUCCUCAUCCAGAACCUGCGUCAGUCAGGAGAGGCUUUGGAUGAGAUGUAUAACACCAUGAGCAGGCCACUGCCCCGUCGUUUUGUGCUGCCUCUCAACAUCACAAGUGAAACCCCACUGGAACAGAACCUCAACACACGGCCUGACAGCACCGCUACCGCUGUCUGCCGUACCAAAAAUCAGGUAUUUUGCACGUUUGAGGAUCUCCACGGCGAGGACCUGAAAGACUACGGUGGCUUGGAGUUUCCACAUAUUAACUAUGCCAGAUAUAACACCAAACCUUAUAGAUACUACUAUGGUUGUGGCUUCCGGCACCUAGUGGGUGACUCCCUAAUUAAGAUGGAUCUGGAAAACAAAAAGUUCAAGGUAUGGCGCCAGCCUGAUCUCUAUCCAUCAGAGCCUGUCUUCAUUCCUUCACCCAAUGCCGAGGAAGAGGAUGCUGGAGUCAUCCUGUCUGUGAUUAUCACACCAGUUAAGGAUAAGAGUACAUUUCUUUUGGUCCUGGAUGCCAAAACAUUUGAAGAGCUGGGAAGAGCCGAAGUGCCUGUCAACAUUCCUUAUGGAUUCCAUGGAGUCUUCAACUCUAGUGCAUGAAGCCCUUUGGAUCACUUCAACAAAAUAACAAAUGACAAGUAGCUCUUCACAAUGGUUACUACACCAGUUGCCUGCUUCUAUUAAAAGCGAGAGACUAACAGAACAAUAUAUCUACUGCAUAAAAUCAUCCCAAAGAGAUCCUCCACAUAUCAACCUCAUAUAUUUUUUAAAAGAACAACAUAUACUUUAUAGUUACAGCUUCAAAAUUAAUUUUUCUACAACUUUCAAACUGUCGCUUUUUUCUAAAGAUUCUGAUGUAGGGUUCAAGACAUUUAUACAUUACUGAUGCCUAUUCAUUUUGAAUCAACUUGGCCCACCCAGUCACAGUGAUAUAAUUGAAGAGGAAGUAGGAAUUAUACUAUAAUUUCUAUACAGCAGCAGAAAAUGCAAUUGUUUGUAUUUAGCAAUAAGAAUAAUAAGAUGGGGAGAUCUGCAAACAUUGUGUUGUUUCUGUAGAUCUGUCAGAAUGCAAUGUAGGCUUUGCAAAGUGGCUUUUAUUUAUGGGAAGACAAACAACUUGUUGGAUUCUGUCGGUCAGAAAGAGGAUGGAAAUCGUAAUAUAACACUAAAUUAUGGGUUUUGGUGCUAAACAUCAUGGUGAACCGCAGGGGGAAAAUACUUAUGAUAUUAAAUGAUGAAAAAAAAAAAAAACAGAUGUGCCAUAAUAACAAUAAUUUAUGUUGAUAGUUAAAUAACAAAAAAUAAUCACUAUACAACAUAUCAUAUUGUAAUAAUUUUCUACCUCAUGAAGUAACUUUCAUAGAGUUUCUCUUGUGCAUUAUUCCUUUACAUUUUAAAUUUACAUAACAGUUUUACAUAUGUUUCAUUGUACAUUGUUUUUAUCAAUUUCUAAUUGUAACUUUAAUCACAAUGACUGUAAUACAUAUUUGUACACACAAUGCUUGUAUGCUAUCUACUCCAUGGUUCAAUUAAUACAGUCCACUUUUAUAAAAAACAUUCAUAAUGUUUAAAAGCAAAA